GUGGGGACAACCUCCCUCCACGUGUAUUUCUACAGGAGAGUUUUAGCUUUCUUUCGAAUACGGAGGACAGUUCUGCUGGGUCCUUCUGAGGGCGGCACUCCCAUGAAGCUGACAUAACCGCACCUGGCCCCCACGCUCACCUGCACAGUUUUCUUGGGCGAUGAAGCUGCUUGGCCUCUCUCUACUCGCAGUGACCAUUCUGCUUUGCUGUAACAUGGCUCGACCUGAAAUAAAGAAGAAGAACGUUUUUUCCAAACCUGGCUAUUGCCCAGAGUAUCGGAUUCCCUGCCCCUUUAUCCUUAUACCUAAAUGCAGGCGUGAUAAAGGCUGCCAGGACGCCCUGAAGUGUUGCUUCUUCUACUGCCAGAUGCGCUGUGUGGAUCCAUGGGAGAGCCCAGAAUAGACAAACCUGAGAAGACACGUGUGAUUGAGUUUCAGCUGAGGAUAGCCAGCCUCUGCUUCCUCCUCGGAGAGGCCCAUCCUGAAACCAAAGAUUAAGUGCUUGUUAAUAUGAGUAUAAAAUAAAGGAAUAAAGUGUUGUGUA